CUCCCCGAACUCAAUACCCAUGCAAUAUACACUUUCCUCUCAGCAAUAACAAAUCCCUCCCCAUAAAUUCUAAUACAACACCCAGGCCACAUACAAUAGAAACAGAUGCCCCGCUCCGAAGAAGCCGAAUGGUGGAUCAACGCCGUCCACGAAGCCGUCCAACUCAUCCCCACCGGCACGGUAACGACUUACGGCCAUAUCGCCUUAUAUCUCGGUGAACCAAAACGAGCACGCCAGGUGGGAAUCGCACUGAAACAUCUACCCGCGGAAGAAUCCGGGGAAUACUUUCAUGCGGGAAAUGUGCCGUGGCAGAGGGUUAUCAAUUCAAAGGGGAUGAUUUCGCACCGUGAACCUGGAGGCGCAGAGCGACAAGCAGACGUUCUUCGCGGGGAGGGCGUGAAGGUAGAGACAGAUGCGAUGGGCGAGUUUUACGUGGAUCUAGUCCGGUAUGGCUGGUUUCCUAAUCCAGAGACUGAAAGUGAAGAAGAGCCAUAG